AUGAAGCUCCCUAUUAUGUUAACAAUCAUCACAAUCAUUCUCGGAGCCCUGGCGGCCCCUACUACCGAAGGCCAAGACACGCCAAAUAGCGACCUAGGGUCUCGCGGCGUUGCCAGUGGUUGCUAUCCCUUUGCUUCUCCUCGUUGCGGUCUCUCCGAAACAUACUGCCAAUGUGCCGACGGGCGCUUUUACAAUUACAACGGUAAAAAGGGAUGUAACCCUCCCGGAGGAAUUAUCUCUGAGUCAGUCACUGGUAUUCCGGGAUACACCUGCACCUAG